CGCUGUCAACAGGCGGUGCAACGCGUAAACUGCAGAAACUAUGCGGUCUAUUUGAAUCGGCGGCGAAUCGUUAUUCAGUCGGUAUAAUUUUUGCUUCAGCUAGACUAGUUAGUUCUAUGUCACAAAAUGUGAAUUAAGGAUAUAAUUAUACUUGUAGGGUAACUUAUAUAGCCUACUACAUUCUGACAUUUCAGGCAGUCUGCUAGUUGAAAGCCUAAAAUACCGGAAAACUGCAAGAGAAUUUUUCCUCUGGCUAUUUUAUUUUUGUCACAUACAGACAUAGGGGUUAUAUAACAUUACAGCAAUAGGUUUUGUGACAUAAUUUGGAAUAUUAUGAAAUGUGAAAAUUGCACCAAAAUAGAAAAUAAAAACAAAUUAGUGAGAUCUGAUUUCAUUUUAAAAUUAUUGACAAAAAAAAAGAAUACAGUCUUGCAAUUUCUGAAUUUACUAUUUGCAUACUGAAGAGUUUUGGCUUUGCUCUUUUAUAUAGAAUUGAUUUUAGUCAUGGACUUCUGGACUUGAUGACUUGUUUCAUCAAAUCUUUUUAUUUUGUGGCAUUCCAAAAAUUCGAAAAAUUUAUUGCAAAACACUUAUUAAUAAAUCAUUUAUUCUAUAAACCUAUUGUUAUGCAUGUGUCUGUUUUUUCUGAGUAAUUGAGAUUAAAAUAGCAAAAUACACUCACAUUUCAGUAGCGCACAGUUUCCCUGAAUCCAAGAUGUCCCGACAUUUGAUUCAAUAAAACAAUCACCCAAUUUGUCUCUGAAACGAGGGUGCCUGGUGUACAUUUUUCAUAUUUUUUUUCAAUCAGUUCAUCAUUCACAUAGAAAAAUGUUAUAUAGAAAUCUUGGAAAAUCGGGCUUGAAAGUUUCAGUCAUAGGUUUGGGGACAUGGGCGACUUUUGGAGGUCAAAUUAAUGAAGAUCUUGCAACACAAAUUGCAACAGUUGCAUAUGAGAAUGGUGUGAAUGUAUUUGACACAGCUGAAGUAUAUGCAGGUGGAAAGGCAGAGAUUGUUCUUGGCAAUAUUUUGAAAAAAAAGAGAUGGCGCCGUUCGAGUUAUAUUGUCAUGACAAAAAUUUAUUGGGGUGGAACAGCUCCCACGGAAGUUGGAUUAUCACGAAAACAUAUUAUUGAAGGACUUGAUAGUUCUCUGCAAAGGCUUCAAUUGGAUUAUGUUGAUGUCGUAUUCGCUAAUCAAUUUGACGAUGCUACACCAGUUGAAGAAGUGGUUCGUGCAUUUACAUUCUUAGUUAAUCAAGGAAAGGCAAUGUAUUGGGGCACGUCAAGGUGGUCUGCGACACAAAUUAUGGAAGCUCAUUCAAUUGCAAAAGAAUUUAAUCUUAUUCCACCAGUUGUUGAACAAUCAGAAUAUCAUUUUUUCCAACGUGAAAAAGUUGAAUGUGAAUUGCCUUAUUUAUAUGACAAGAAAAACAUGGGAAUAAUGACAUGGUCUCCACUUGCUUCAGGAAUAAUAACAGGAAAAUAUAGUGAUUCAAUACCAUCGCAGUCAAGAGCAAAUUGGAGGGGAUUUUCUUGGUUAAAAGAUAAAAUAAUCAGUGAUGAAGGUCGGCGACAACAAGCGAAACUUGUUGAAGCAAGAAUUGUAUCAGAUCGUCUUGGAUGUACACUUGCACAAUUAGCUAUUGCUUGGUGUUUACGUCUUGCUAUGAACAGCUCUGUAUUAAUUGGAGUAUCAACCAUAGAACAAAUUUAUGAGAAUCUUAAUGCAAUCAAAAUUCUCCCAUUAAUCACUGAUGAAAUAUCUAACGAAUUGGACAAGAUUCUUUCAAAAUGAAUCUGCUUAUUUGCCCUUGUUCAGAUAUAGGCGUUCAAUACCUCAGAUGUUCUUUGCGUCGGGACUUUUAAAAACCCUAUUUUUGAUGGUGUGAGGUAGUAAGUGAAAUGAAUGAUGAUCAGCACUUAAAUCGCCUACUAUCUUGACAUGCAUUACAUAUGAUUUGAUCUGAACUUUUAUUGACUAUAUUUGGAGUGACAUAAAUGUGAUUAGAUAACAUAUAGAAUUGUUUCUUGCCACAUUCUUCUUUAUAGUCAACUCUAGUUUAAGUCAGUGUAAGAGUCUGAUAUAAAAUUAUUCAAAAAUUGCAUGAACAGGAAAUGAAAACAAUACUAGAAAAUAUAGAAAUAAACCAUUCAUUGCUGUGACAGUAAGCGGUAAAAAUUGAUUGUAUGAGAUUCAAUAUUUGCUUUUAGACUGUUCAUUUUAUCAUAAAAUCCAUAUAUUCGAAAGUAGCACUGUUAUUAUUGUUUUUGAUCUGUAAGAUAUGAACAAAAUUUGGUGAAAUGUUCAGUCAGCGUCAGUUAUUUGAGCAAAUAUGACCGUUUUCAAAUAGAUGAAAUCUUUUUUUUGUGUUUUUUAAUGUUCCAUUGUCCCAAUACAGUCAAAUAGAAAAAAUGUUGUCAAACAAUGGAUAAAGUAAAUAUCAAAAUUUUAUUGCCCGUUGUCAUAAAAAUAGCGAGCUUCCACAAACUUCUUCAAAUUUAUGGUAAAAGGAAAAUCAGGCAAUUACCAAAUCUUAUCAUGAUUAAUUGUAAUUUUAACAGAGCAUUUUUUGCAUAAUUUACUCCUGAAAUUUAAAUUACUUUUGUGUAGUUAUUCAACUGAUAGAUCUAACGGCACUCUUAAAUAAACAUGUUUUGAAAUGGCAUAAUAAAACCAUUUAAAUCCAUUGUGCCAUUGUGAGAAGAAAGCGAAUAAAAUUGCCCUACUAUGACGAAUUGAAUACAGACAAUGUGAAAUGUAUUAGGGUUUUGAGGAAAGCAUUUUUCUCAACAACUACUAGAUCAAAUCAAAUUCAAAUUAUCAGUCAUUGAAGAGGGAGUAUGCCACUAAAUAGCUGCUUUUUUAAAAUUCUCUCGUGAGCCCUAUGAAGUCCAAACAUCAUUUUCUUGGUUCUUUCAAUUCAUGGUACACCUUUAUGUUGCAUUUGUUACAAGUUUUUUUAACAAUCGGCUGGAAUUUUACUGACAUUCAUUGACAUAUUAGUCAUGUGAGCUUCAUGGCCAUACAAUUGAACAUUGCUCUUUCGACUAUAUUUGUAUAUACCGUACAUAGGCUAUGCAUAUUUAUAUCGAAUUUUGUGAUAAAAAAUUUAUUUUUUGUA